AUGCUGCCUGCUGCUACAGUUACCGGCAUCAGCAGCAAUGAUGCCAUGAGCAAGUGGUGGGGCCUCAUUUUGUACCGUGCACAUGAAUUCGCCAAGAAUUUAGAUGAUGCUCCUAAAGAGGAUGGCAGGCAACGAAGGCAUCAAAUUGGAUCCAGUGGAUAUCUACUGCAAGCACAGCCCAGCAAUGGGACACAUCAGGGGAUACGUGGCUGGGUGUAG